AUGGACGAUCCGCGCGUCCGAGACCUGUUCACAGGCAUGCCCCUGUCCCUACGCCGGUGGGACGAGCCGCACCCGAUGUAUAGGCCGGACUACCGCUAUCUGUACGAAAACCUGCACGGCGCCAUCACGUACUGGCAGCAAGAAUAUGAAGAGUUGCGGGCAGCGUCCACGGCGUACAUCGACGGCCUCCAGGAGGAGAUCCGCCGCUUGGCUUCCGAGCUAGCUGCCGCGAAGCAGCGCGACCAGGAGGUUCGUCCGUCCGUCGUCUCCAGCGCCUACGACACUCGAAAGGCGAUGUGGGCUUUUUCCGUAGAUACGUGA